AUGGCGGCAAUGGCGAAUCUUGCGAACACCAUGGAGGCAAAUGCUGCUGCGACUCUGCAAGCUGUGCAGAGGUUAGGCCAACCGGCUGGAAACGGAAACGGAGAAGGAAACAGGAACGAUGAUGCGGAAGGAAAUGGUGAUAACAUGGGAGGUGCUCUGAUGACCUUGGCUACUUUUCUCAAGGUUCAUCCGCCAAGUUUCAGAGGUUUAACCAACCCUACAAAAGCGGAUAAUUGGUUUCAGGCCAUGGAACGUGCGUUACAAGCACAACAUGUUCCGAUCAACCAGUAUGUUGAGUUUGCUGCCUAUCAGCUUUUGGGAGAGGCUCAGCAUUGCUGGCAAGGAGAGUGCCAGUUGCUGCAAUUUCAGAAUGCAGAAAUCCAUUGGGAUGUAUUCCAAACAACUUUCUACAAGAAGUACUUUUCUGAAUUUAUUAGGGAAGUGAAGGAGAUGGAGCUUAUGCAGCUGAAGCAAGGUUCCUUGUCUGUGGCGGACUAUCCCAGCCGAUUUGAGGAGCUCUGUAGGUUCUCUAGCGUGUGUCAGGGUGCCCCAGAGACCUAUGAAAGUUGGAAGUGUAUUAAGUAUCAAAGGGGCUUGAAGGAUAACAUCAUGACUGCUAUUGCUCCUUUGGAGAUUCGGACCUUCUCCGAUCUUGUGAACAAGGCGAGAGUGGUUGAGGAAUAUACAGAGACGGUAGCCUCGUCAAGGGACACUCAUGGAGGAAACACUAAUCGAGGACGUGGCGAUUACCUUGGACCAAGGGAACAGAACUUUAAGAGAAAUGAACACACUCCUCAGCAUCUUUGA